UUUGCAUUAUUGUACCAAGAAAAUGAAAAAGAAAACUAAAGACAUUCGUCUUCAUUAACUCAGUCCUCUUUCACAGCAACAUUACUUUCACUCACACUUCAGCACUUCAAGCCAAUCCUCUCUUAGCUUUCCUCUCUCUCUCUCUCUCUCUCAAAGCAUUCCUUUCAGCCACUAAGAAGAAAUGGCCGAAGCAAUCCUCUUUGGUCUUGCUCAGAAAAUGAUUGAAAAUCUGGGCUCUCAGACUUUCCAAGAGUUUGGAUCACUCUGGGGUGUCGAAGGUGAGCUUGAAAAACUCAAGGACACUGUUUCCACAAUCCAAGCUUUACUUCAGGAUGCAGCGGAGCAGCAAAGUCAUAACCAUCAAGUCAAGCACUGGCUCGAAAAGCUCAACGAUGCAGUUUAUGACGCAGAUGACCUGUUGAGUGAGUUCUCAACUGAAGCUACAAGGCGAAGCAUGGUGAGUAAGAAUAAAGUUGCAAAAGAGGUACGCACUUGCUUUUCAUGUUCAAACCCACUUGCUUUUCGUUAUAAGAUGAGUCGUAAAAUAAAGGCAGUGAGGCAAAAACUAAAUGCGGUAGCAGAAAACAGGAAAAACUUUCACCUGAAAGAAUUCCAUGGAGAGACAAAUGUUGUGAGAAGGAAGAGGGAUCCAACUCACUCAUUUGUACGUGAAGAAAAAGUUAUUGGGAGGGAAGAUGAUAGAGAGGCUAUCAUAGGCCUAUUAUUUGACUCUAAUGUAGAAGAGAAUGUUUCGGUCAUUCCCAUUGUGGGGAUCGGGGGCUUAGGGAAGACAACACUUGCUCAAUAUGUGUAUAAUGAUGAGAAAGUCCAAAAUUAUUUUGAGUUAAAAAUGUGGGUAUGCAUUUCCGAUGUCUUUGAGUUGAAAAUAAUUAUUGAAAAGAUAAUAGGUAAUGCACCUGGAAAUCUGGAAAUGGAUGAAUUGCAAAGGCAACUUAGUCAAAAAAUUGAUCAAAAAAAAUACUUACUAGUAUUGGAUGAUGUAUGGAAUGAAGACCGUAGAAAAUGGUUAGACUUGAGAGAUAUUUUAAUGGGUGGUUCAAAAGGAAGUAAGAUUAUAAUAACCACUCGUAGUAAAUUGGUUGCAAAGAUUACACAUACAGUUUCACCAUAUAUUCUCAAAGGUCUUUCCGAAGAACAAUCAUGGUCUUUAUUUAAGCAAGUGGCAUUUAGUAAAGGGCAAGUGGCCAAUAAUCCUACAUUAGUUACAAUUGGAAGGGAGAUUGUAAAAAUAUGUCAAGGGGUACCCCUUGCCAUAAUGUCCAUAGGACAUGCGUUAUAUUGUAAGGGGGAAACAGAAUCUAAAUGGUUACUCGUGAAGGAUAAUUUACUAGCAAAUGUAAUUGAAGGAAAUGAGAUUUUUCCAAUUUUAAAGUUGAGUUAUGAUAAUCUCCCUUCACAUUUAAAGAGUUGUUUUGCCUAUUGCUCUUUGUUUCCCAGAGAUUAUGAGAUGGAUAAGGAAACCGUGAUACAACUAUGGAUAGCACAAGGGUUUGUCCAAUCAUCAAACAAAAAUCAACAAUUAGAGGAUGUUGGUGAUGAGUAUUUCAAGGAUUUACUUUGGAGGUCCUUCUUUGAGGAAGUAGAGACUUACAAAGGCUUAAGAUAUAAGAUGAAUGAUUUAAUUUAUGAUCUUGCGCAAGCUGUUGCAGGCAAGGAGUGCAGGCUUGUUAGUUUUGAUGGCAAAAAUAUUAAUGAAAAAAAUCAUCAUGUAUCAUGUCCAUUUCGCAUUGACUCAUCUUUUAUUGAAUCUUUAAGCUUUCUGGUUAAAGCAGUCAAGGCAUGUUCAUUUCUUCUGACAUUUAAUGAGACAUACUCCGGUGCCUUGGAGGAGUCAAUGUUGAAUAAAAUUAUUUUGAGUUUCAAGAGCUUGCGUGCAUUAGAUUUACAUGCAUUGAAGAUUACAUCAAUACCAAAUUCUAUAGGGAAGUUAAUACAUCUAAAGUAUCUUGAUGUUUCUUUUAAUCAGGAUAUUGAAACUCUCCCUAACUCAAUUGCUACAUUGUUGAAUUUGCAAGUACUAAAACUUUAUGAUUGUAAAGGUCUCAAAGAAUUACCCAAAAACUUUAGAAACUUGGUUAACCUCAGACAUCUUUAUAAUCAUGGUUGUGAUAAUUUGAGUCAUAUGCCAUGUGGAUUAGGGCAAAUGACUUCACUUCAAACAUUACCAAUAUUCAUUGUGAGCACCUCCUCCGACACUGGUGGAUUAGGCGAAUUGAAGGACCUAAACAACUUGCGAGGAACAUUAGAGAUCUCACAUUUGGAACGGUUGGAAGAAACUAACUCAGAAUCCAUUGUUGUGAAUUUAAGGGAGAAGCAACAUCUUGAAAAAUUGAUAUUAAAAUGGUAUCAUCAAGAUCAAGUAGAUAAUAAUGAAGAUGAGAAGUUAUUAGAAGACCUCCAGCCACACCAAAAUCUCAAAUAUUUGGAAGUGCAUCAGUACAAGGGUGUGAAAUUUUCAAGUUGGGUCUCUUCUCUCAUAAAUCUUGUUGAUUUAAGUAUAGAAAAUUGUGAGAGAUGCCGAUAUUUGCCACCAUUAUCUCAUCUCCCCUCUGUAAAAUCUUUAACGCUUGAUACGAUGAAUGAUUUGGAAUACAUAUCCGAUAAUGAUAUGAGUAAAGAGGUGUCUGCUUCAUCCACAAUAUUAUCAACAUCGUUCUUCCCAUCUCUAAAGUCACUCACUAUAGAGGAAUGUCCUAAUUUGAAGGGAUGGUGGGGGAGAACAGGGAGGGAUUUAGUUGCAACAACAUCUGCGUCAACACCAGACCAUCAACAAGAUCAGUCUCACAACUCACUGCCUUUAUUUCCUCUUCUUUCUUAUUUGCGGAUUAUUAAUUGCCCUAAAACGACUUCCAUGCCCCUGUUUCCCAAUCUCGAAGAAGAGCUAUUUUUAAAGAAUGUCAGUUUGAAGGCUUUGGAAGAGACAAUGUCAAUGACUUUUUUAGUUCCCUCUUCCUCCUCUUCAUUAUCCUCUUCUUCUCCUCUCUCCAAAUUAAAUAAAAUGACUUUGGAUUCUAUAGAAGAUAUAGAGUCUCUUCCGGCUGAGUGGGCACUAUAUUCUCUCAAGGAACUACGAAUUGGGCGUUGCCCUAGACUGACAUCUAUGUCUGGAGCGGUGCGUAAUCUCACCUCCCUCUGUUCGCUAUCAAUUGUCAAUUGCGAGGAGUUCGAUCCAUUCAGAGACAUGCAUGAUGAUGGCAUGGAAUGGCGAUGCCUCAUUUGCCUCCGUGAUUUAUGUUUCAGAGGCAUUCCAAAACUGAAGUCUCUACCUGUGGGUCUUCAAUGUAUUUCCACCCUAAAUUACCUCACCAUUUCAAACUGUCCCAAUUUAAUGACUUUGCCAGUGCUCACCUCCCUCUGUUGGCUAACAAUUGACAAUUGCGAGGAGUUCGAUCCAUUAAGAGACAUGCAUGAUGAUGGCAUGGAAUGGCGAUGCCUCAAUUGCCUGCAUGAUUUAUGUUUCAGAGGCAUUCCGAAACUGAAGUUUCUCCCUGUGGGUCUUCAAUGUAUUUACACCCUAAAACGGCUCACCAUUUCAAACUGUCCCAAUUUAAUGACUUUGCCGAAGCUCACCUCACUUGAAUAUCUUGAUAUUGAAAGAUGUGACCCUAAUCUGACAUCACUUGAAACGCUUAGUUGUCUCACUUCUUUACAGUGGCUGUGGCUGGGGAUUGAAGACUUUCCCAAUUUGAUUACUUUCCCCGAUUCAAUGAGGAUAUCCAAUCUCACUUGAAACGCUUUCCAUUUAGAACUGUCCCAAUCUCACAAUACUACCUGAUGAUGUUUCUCUCAAGUCUUUACAAAAUCUGGGAAUUUAUUUUUAUCCUCAGUUAGCUAAAAAAUAAAAUCGAUAAGGAUUUCCCUAAUUUGGAAAUCGAAUGGCGUUGAGACCACAGCAGCAAACAGCUCUACUUCGUCUUCUGCAACGGCCACUCCCCUCUUUCACUUGCUUCAUGGAGAUAAUUAUCUGAAGAAUUUGAAUAAGUUUCUGGGAAUUUGGGAAGUUGAUGCUGCUAAGAAUGAAUUGGAGACACAGAAUGAAAGGAAGUGUAUGUAUCUAGGCAUAUUCAGAACCAUAUGAAAAAGUGCAACAAGUCAAACACUAAAUAGAUUGAAGUCUGGCACUUGUUGAUAUUUUGAUAACAUUUGGUGAGAGAUCAUUAUUUGGCAACCACCUUCUAGGAUGCAGUUUUAUAUUCGGAAAUUGGUGGAAAUGGUCCAAGACUGCUCGAAUCCUUAAUUGAAUGUAUUUCAGAAGGAUGUUCUGGUCCAAUAUUACUAAAGUAUAUGGAAUAUUAAAACAGAACAGAGUUUGUGAUCUCCAGAGCGAGUCGAUACUCCAAUUAUGUAGUUUGGCAUGGAUAAAGAUCACAACUAGGUGUUAACAGAAGAGUUGUUCCUUUUCCAGAAUGGCUUCAUUAUGCUCGCAGCUGAUUCCUUGGAUAUUUGACAACUUUUUAAAGAAGCUAUUGAAAAUUUUCAACCUAAACAGGUUUAGUGAAUUUAUCAGUUAUUGAAUUCUGUGUGCAGGAACUUUGAAUUUGGAAACAAACAGUUUUUAGUGAAUUUACAGCAACUACAAGAAGAUAAAUAGGUUGGAUCAGAUGAAGACUGUACCUUGGUGUUAGCAACAAGAUUACUUCCUAUCUUCAAUUAAAGUUCAAUUUCAGGGUGACUGGUUCUUAGACUUUUCAGCCACCCUCUGUGAAACCUAAGCUGAUUUCAAACAUUUAUCUUAGUGUAAUUGUUUCAAUAACAAAACAAGCUUGUGAUGAAUUUUUUUUUUUUUUUUUUUUAAUGCUUUUCAAAUUGGAACCCUUUUACCUAUAUACAUAACUGUACUUUAAAGCAUCCAUAUGAACUUAAUUAUAAGAA